AAAUAAAACAAAACAAUUAAAUAGGAACAAUUAUCAUUUAUGUGAGUUUUGUUAUACGUAGUUUGCGAUAAAUACAAGUUUCCAAGAUAAACAAAUGGCUGCAGAACCAAAAUCAGUUCAGGAAAAACCUGAGCCCGUUCCUCCAUUAACAGUGAGUCCUUACAUGACACUCAUCGACGACGACAAGAACACAAUUUUACACUACGCGGCAGCACGGGGAAAAGACGAAGAAUUUAAGAAAUGUAUUAAAUUUGAAGAGCUCAAUAUGGAAAAUUAUCUAGGUUGGACACCAUUGAUGAUGGCGUGCCGAAAUAAACAAGUCAAAACUGUCAAACUUCUGUUACAGCUUGGAGGCGAUGUGACUAGGAUAAAUAAAUUUGGUAUGUCUGUCCUGCAUAUAAGUAUUUCUGGAGGAAGUUUGGAAAUAGUUAAAAUGAUUAUGGAACAUCUUUUAACAGGAGGUAUUUCAAAAAGAUUGAUGCAGCUCAAUUUCUCGCCGUUAUCAAUGGCAAUUCUAUUCCGAAAUAAUGAUAUUCUAUCAUAUUUGAUACAAGAAAAAUUCAACUUGAAUGCCAAAACUCUAUAUACAGGCAUUACUCCUUUAAUGUUCGCUUCUUCAAUGGAAGACAAUGAAGCAUUUGCGUUGUUGUUAAAAAACAAAGCGGAUACUACCAUAAAAAAUUAUCUAAACGAAACGGCCAACGAUAUCAGAAAAGCAAGACAGCGAAAAAAAGAGCAACCGAAGAAACUUACUCCAGCUGAACUAAUCUCGAGAAGUCCCCACAUGGCACCUGCGCAAUGUUUUAUCACGCCACAACCGUCCAUGUUGAAUCUUGCACCAUCUUCCUUUGUUUGCAUAAGAAAAGCUUCUCCCAGUCCAACAGUAUACGUAGCUACUCCUAAUAUUUCUCCUGUAACUCCGUUUAAUGUUCCCCAGAUGUUCUUUCCGCCAAGUUUUACUCCCAAUCAUUUCGUAUCUUACAGUCCUCUACCUAUGACGAAUAUUUUCGCGAAUGCUAAUGAUUUUUUGAAUAUGAAUAUUAAUCAGGAUCAAGCCGAAUUGGUGUUAUCACCCAAUCUCCAAUAAAAUCUAUUCGUAUGUUGAUAAGUUUUAAUUUUAACGUUAUUAUUUAUUAUAGCAUACCAUAAGUACGCGGCGGUUUCGCUACUAAAUGGAAUCAGGUCUUUAAAAACUGUUCUCAAACAUUUGAAAUCAUAUAUUGAAAUUAAGGUUUGUGAUUUAAAUAUGAACAACAUUUAGUAGAGAAAUACCCAAGUGGUAAUUUUAAGUUUUCACAUUAAUUUGACUUUAUAUAAUUUGUUGAAGUUUAUUUUUUAUCAAUCCAUUUAAUUAUUUACGAAAUUCUAAUAAAAAUUAUAUAUAUUAUAUUAAAUUGGAGAAUAGAAUGAAAAAUGUUAUAUCUGUGAAUCACGAAUAUGCCCUAUAUAUUAUUCAGUGACAUGGGAGCCCGAAAACCAAAUAAAAACCAUAUUAUUCAGUUUAGAUUCAUCAUAAAUUGGAUGGAAGUCAAGUAAGAAGAUGAGUUUGAGCUUGAUGAAAUUAGUUUUUCUGUCUAAAUACGUGCAUUAUUUUCCUAAUCAGAGUAUAUCGAGGAAAGGAAUCAGAUGAGGUUCCAAUAUCCAUAUUCUGCAUUCCACUGAGCUGUUAUUGCCCUUGUUGAUGGAAAACGAUUUCUUGGAGCUAAUAACUUUAAGAAACCAUCUUAGUUCUUUAUUCUACUCUCUAUUUCCCCUUUGAUCUUCUUGAGACUAUGCCAGUUAAAUCUGAUAAAACAACAUCCACAAUAAAUAAUUAUUGUAGCAAUUUCUUGGAAUGACAGCCCAACAAUUCGAUUCGUUCAGCACUCACAUCAAAUGCUUAAUUGUAUGAGAAUAGGAAUGUUCAACUGAUGAAUUCUAAUCUCGCAUAAAAACUCAUGAUAAUCAUUUUACGUGGAAUAUUUUUAAAAUAAUGUCUACUUGGUUUUCUGGUUUUUAUGUCACUAUAUGUCUUUAGUUUUUGUUCGUCGUGGACAUUAAUUAGAGAAAAAAUAUAUUAUCAUACCAAUGUGAAUGAAGAAUAUUACUUUUACUGUCAAAACUAACUAUGUAGAUUCAUGUGAACACGCCAGUCUUGUUCCGUAAAAUCACUGAACCAUUUAUGCUGUCGUUUCUUUUGAUAAUAUCGAAAUAUUCUAAAAUUAUUAAUCUAAAUAUUCAAUACGAACUUGUCUCAGUGAAGUUGGGUAUGUUUUUAAAGGAAUUCCCAAAACAUAAGGGAAGCCGGAAACUUUUUUUGAGAUCAUUGUAAAACACUUGAUUUCUGGUUUUAAUUACACGUCUCCUACUACCACAAACAGAUCUAGCUUCAUCAUCCGAAAAAAUGUUGUUCUAUAGGUUUGGAGACCAUAUUGUAGUUUCUUUUGGAUCUGCUAAACUAUUUUACUUUGACCUUUUUAAAGGAAAUUUCGUCAAAAACAGUUUUACAACAUACCAAGUCCAAUGCAAUUGAGUUGAAAUUACAAAAUUGGUUCUCUAAGCAUUAUUAUUUGUUUUACAAAGUCUAUAUUUACUUCAUCUAAGCCAAUAAACGUAAGUUUUCUCCUACAUCACUUUGUUAACACGAACUAUUUUAUAAAGAUAACUAUUUCAAUAUAAAAAACAUUCAAAGUUAGAAGUUAAUUAAUUAAUAAAUAGAUGGAGUGGAGCCAAAUUGACUAAGACAGAAUCCGUAUUUUAUAAUGAAAUCGUUACUCAAUUUUUAUACUGGCGAUAAAAAAUUAAAUUUUAUCUGUUUAUUUUUAUAACGUAUUUGAUUAGAAAGAUUUGUCAUAUUUUAUUUUUACGAAGAAUUUUUAUUGAAAUAUAUUUUUGAAGUAUCUAAGUGUUUUAU